AUGGACGCGGGUUCUCGUCUCCAAUUGGGGACAGCGGCUGCUGACCUGGUGGAAGUUUGGCACGCUUAUCGCACGUCCAUAAUUCUGUGCGCUCUUGUUCUCCUUGUCGGUCUGCGCACACUUCUUCAUUCGACUGAAGAAAGGGAGCCCUUGGCUGUGCUUCCCCAGAUUUAUAACCAGGAAAAGCCCGAGGCGAAGGAAAAGAUCGCCCUGGAAGCGCAACCUGUCGCUGCGGCCGAGAAAAAGUCUACCGGACCUAGGCGGAUAAAGGGUGGUGUGGCCAGAAAGCCCUCGCAAGAGAAAAAGACAACGGCAAUCGAUUACACGGACAGGCCUGCCAAAAUACUUGUCUUCUUCUCCUCUGUCACCACCAAGACAGAGAAGAUUGCCCAUGAGUAUAUCAAGACACUCGAGGCCUUCCUGGAUCAGAAAGCGGGCGAGACAGAGAGCAAGUUCUUGAAGCCCGAGCUGCUCGACUUGACCGAAAUCGAUUUUGAGGAUUAUUUUGUCAGCCCUCCCAAGUCUGUUGAAAACGCCGCCUACGUCUACCUUUUCCUCCUUCCGAGCUACAACAUCGAUUCCAUCAACGAUACUUUUCUGCAGCAUCUCCAGGAAACCCAUCAUGACUUUAGGAUCGAUACUGCCCCUCUGUCUCCGUUGAUUGGAUACUCGGUAUUUGGCUUUGGAGACAAGGAGGGAUGGCCAAACGAGGAUGAGGGAUUCUGCUUCCAGGCCAAGGAGCUAGACAAAUGGAUGUCCAAGCUGACCGGCCGGAAGCGAGCCUACCCCGUCGGAAUGGGCGACAUGAAGAGCGAUCACGUGGAACGAUUCACAGAGUGGGCUACCGGGGUACAAGACGUGAUCUCUCAGGCUGUCCAGGCUGGAUUCCUUGGCGAAGGAGUGCCCGGCAGUGGUGAUGCGGUGGAGAGCGACGAAGAGGACGCUGAAGCCGAUGACGGUGAAGUCGUAUUCGACGACGACGAGGAGUCGGGCGACGGCAAAUCGUCUGAUGGCUCCAGGCCAUUAGACGACGUCGAGGACCUGGGGAAAAUGAUUCGUCCUAACAAGAAUGGAAACGAAACCACUCGGAAAGCGCCCCUGGCUGUUGACUUUACGACAUAUCCCUCCUCCGGCAAGAAGAAAGCUCAAGCGCCUAUUGUCAAGGAAAUGGUGGCCAAGAAUUCUCCAACAUAUACCGCUCUCACCAAGCAAGGAUACUCCAUUGUCGGCUCCCACUCUGGUGUCAAGAUCUGCCGCUGGACCAAAUCUGCUCUACGCGGACGCGGCAGCUGCUACAAGUAUUCUUUGUAUGGUAUCAACUCUCAUCAGUGCAUGGAAACCACUCCUUCGCUCUCAUGCUCCAACAAGUGUGUUUUCUGCUGGCGUCACGGAACGAACCCUGUCGGUACAACAUGGCGAUGGGUGGUUGAUCCUCCUGACAUGAUCUUCGAUGGUGUCAAGGAGAACCACUACAAGAAAAUCAAGAUGAUGCGCGGUGUGCCUGGCGUUAGAGCGGAGCGAUAUGCUGAAGCCCUUAGGAUCCGACACUGUGCCCUAUCCUUGGUGGGAGAGCCCAUCUUCUAUCCCUAUAUCAAUGAAUUUCUCGCUCUCUUGCACAAUGAGCGAAUCUCUUCUUUCUUAGUCUGCAACGCACAACAUCCCGAUCAGCUCGCGGCUCUCAAGGCUGUGACUCAGCUGUACGUGUCCAUCGACGCCUCCAACAGAGACUCGCUGCGAAAGAUUGACAGACCUCUCCACCGAGAUUUCUGGGAACGAUUCCUGAGAUGCCUGGACAUUCUUCGAGAAAAGCGUUUCCGCCACCGCACGGUCUAUCGCUUGACCCUUGUCAAGGGCUUCAACGUGGAAGACGAAGUUGAAGGCUACGCUCAACUCAUUGAGCGCGGACUGCCAUGCUUCGUCGAAGUCAAGGGUGUAACUUACUGCGGCACGGCAACAUCCUCCAACGCCGGCCUGAGCAUGUCCAACGUGCCGUUCUACUGGGAGGUCUGCGAGUUUGUCAAGGCGCUGGACAAGCGCCUCCAGGAAAAGGGCCUCGACUAUGGAAUUGCCGCCGAGCAUGCCCACAGCUGCUGCGUCUUGCUGGCUAGCAAACGCUUCAAUGUCAAUGGGAAGUGGCAUACGCAUAUUGACUAUCAAAGGUUUUUUGAACUGCUUGAAGAGAGAGGACCGGAUGGCGAUUGGACGCCCGAAGACUAUAUGGGACCACCGACCCCCGAGUGGGCUCUGUGGGGGAAUGGAGGAUUUGAUCCCCGGGAUGAAAGGGUGGAUAGGAAGGGCCGCAAAAUGGAGGCCAUUGUGACGCGCGAAGCACCCGAGUAA